AUGUCGCUCGCGAUGACGACGCGCGCGCGAAGCGCGCCGGUGGUGGGCGUCGAUGCGCGCAGACGACGAGGCGCGAACGCCGACGUCAAGGCGCGCGCGCGAUGCGUCGCGCGAGCGUCGGAAGCGAACGAUGACGACGAUGGCAUCCAGCUCGGAACGGCGAAACUGCCGCCGACGUGCGAUGAAACCGCGCUAUGCGAUGCGCUGUACCAGUGGGCGAGCACACUGACGAGCUCGGGGCAAAAUUUGCCGUUCGCGCUGUCGCAGCGCGUGGAUCGGACGAACGAUGGGUUUGAGUUGGCGUUUUUGACGGCGGCGAAGAACGGCGCGCCGGGGGAGUUGGCGGCGGUAGGGGCGAUCGCGGCGAGCGUUGAGGUCGCUGGACAAGAGAAGGUGUUGAUGAUACGUGGAUAUGGGAAUGUAAUGAAUUUGGUGGACACGCCUGUGGUGAUGGGGGCGAUGCCGGCGGCGAUUCGACGCGCCGUCGCGAUGUCUUCGGCGUGA